AUCGAUUUCGAGCAACAGGUGUGUACAGCUGUCCCGCUCUACUAGAAAUCAAGGACACGAUAAAUGAGUACAUUCAGCAGCAGGGAAGUGUCAGGCAAAAUCGCUUCCAUUCGGAAUAAACUGCUGACAUGCAGCUUGCGGGUCUCGGGAGAAAAGAGAGGUAGGUGUGAAGCCAACCUGCUUUAUGUCGAAAGCGACUUCGGUACCACAGGCAAAUUAUUCAUAGUGUUCCGUUUAUUUCAAAUCGUAUUAUCAGCACUUCCUUCGAGCUCUGACGCCAGCACCCACUUUCACAUUGAAACUUCUAGUUUGAUAAAUAAAUAAAUAAAAAAUUAAAUCAUCAAUACAACCUUUCAAAAACGCCACCUAUAUUUACAAACUAAAGCAGCUAUCCCAUUGCUAUUCUUCCUUUAUACUUAUCGACUUAUCUUUAUUGCACUGUGUCACUAAGCAACCUUGUGUCUCGGAGAAGUAUGUUUGCAUGGUAAAAACUACAAAAAAAUAUUAUAAUUUCUAUUAUCGCAAGCACCCUGCCUUUGGCAGAGUGUUAGCUUGUGAGCUAAGGUUCAGAUCUACUUGCCAGCGUUUUAUUAGCACUGUAAAUCUCCUUUGCUAGUAUUGUCUGUUAUUAGGAGGUGAGCUAUUGACUGAUAAGUGGACUUGAUGGCAAAGUCACAGCUCAAGAAAACAAGUACAUUUCCAAGAGGUUAAAGAUGAGGACGAGAAAUUUCCUUAAAUAUUGGCUAGCACUUCUAGGUGUUUCACAGGUUGUCCUGGGCUACGUAUUUUACACAUUGCAUGUUAAAACAUACCGUGGUAAACAGUCGAUUGUGAAAAAUGAACAAGGCACAUAUAUUCAGAUUCCUUCUCCACGUGCUGCAAGAAAAAGCUUAAUAGUUUUUGGUCAGGAUCGCUCUGGGACGACCUUUGUAAGUGCAAUGUUUGCAAACGAUUCACAAAUAUUCAUGGUUUACGAACCUCUCUGGAUAACUCAAAGAUGGUUUUUCCAUGAAAACCAGUAUUACCAUCGCUGCAUAAAUUGUGAACUUCAGGUUGUAAGUUCCCUUGUGGCUUGUAACUUUACACGCUCACCCGUCUCGACAAAAUUUCUAUCUUAUGUUUCAACGCCCUGGACAGGUGCUCUGCCAGUUAACAUUUUUAAUACGCCAAACUUUUGCAACAAGACUGGGGAAGUAAGGAAUGUAGAUUGUUCCGAGCUUGGAAAAGACCCGGAAUUUGUGGAUCAUGUUUGCAGUACAAAGUACAAACACAGCGUUGUUAAGGUAGCACCCACCAGGUUACCUAAAAAAAAACUGGCUGAUUUAAUUCCACGAGUUUUACUGGAAAAUCCCGAUAUAGACGUACGUGUAUUACAUCUAGUGCGAGAUCCUCGAGGUAACAUUAAUUCUCGAAUUAAUUUAAACUGGGUCAAAGAUUAUCCUAACCCAAAACUUCCAUCAAUUGCAGCAGACCUAUGUGGUUUAAUUCUUAUCAAUUUAUAUCAUGCACAUAACACAUUGACAGAUUUAGGACUCAAACACAAGUAUAAACUAAUUUUGUACAAGCAGAUUUCAGAUGAUCCCUUAGGAACUGCCAAGGAAAUUUAUGACUUUGCUGGAUUUGAUAUGCCAUUAGAGACAAAAAAAUGGAUAUUAGAGACAACAAAACCGAGCGAGGAAAAACUUAAGAAAGAACUGGAGAAACCGUAUUCUAUAGUGCGGAACGCUUCAGGCAACGCGGAUAAAUGGAGGCAAGAUGCGUUUUAUUUCAGGAAUCGGAUCAUUGAGAGGCAUUGCAAAACUCUUUUGGAUUCAUUGGGCUUGGAAAGAGUUUCUAGGCCAAACUUAGCAAAUCAUGAAUGAAAAGACCAAUGGUGGCCCACCGUUUCUAAGUAGAUUGCAAUUAGCAGAUCGGCUGUCUUCAUAUUUAACAACUAAUCAAAGAAUAUCAGCGAUGCAAAGCGGCAACAAAAGAUGGCAUUCAACCGAAACAGCACUGAACUCUACUACUGAUUUUAUUCUUCGCGCGAUCGACCAGAAGAAAAUCACUGCAGUCGUAUAUCUUGAUAUGAGUAAAGCCUUUGACACUAUCAACCACGUGAUUCUUCUAAAGAAACUAAAGGACAUUGGUUUAUCAUCUUCUGCACUUCAAUGGUUCGAAAGCUAUCUUUCUCAAAGAAAACAGGCAGUCCACAUCAACUCUGUAUAGAUUAACAGUAGUCAGUG